AUGGCGGGCAACCUGUUGAACAAUGGUGGGAAUCAAAUGUCGCAGAAUCAGUCAGGCGCGCCGGACAACGCAGUGGUGGUGGUCCCGGACAACGCAGUGGAGGCUGACAAUGCAGGAGCCCCGGACAACGCUGAAGCUAAAGUGGAGAAACAGUUUCAGAGCACAAGUGUGGCAGUGGAUGUGCACACCUUUGCGGCUUUGGCAGAGUUUCCCACCAAUGAGCAGGGCACUGUGGACCUGCAAGGCAUUGAUGAGCAGCGCCGGAGAUGGGGUUUUGAGCUUGAUGUGUUCUUCAUGAUUGACACGCAAUGUGGAGGGCGUGCGCAGGUGAUGUGGACACAUUAUCUUCACAUAGCAUUUCCUUUCAUGAUGAACUGGAGUCUCCGUGAUAUGCUGAUGGCUUUGCUCUUGCGGGUGUCUUUUCACCGUGCUGCUGGAAGAUCAUGGCUGCAGUAUGUGGAGCUGUUCGCCGGACAAGGAAAUCUAUCCAAAGCAGCAAUUCGAGCUGGAUUGAGUGGAGUGAGUCUUGACAAGGACUACGGUGAGCAUCAAAAUAUAUUGACUGGACAUGGGUUGGUUCUGGCUCUUUUGGCCCUCACAGCCACCGUUCCAGGUGCACUCUGGUGGACUGGAUUACCUUGUAGCUCCUUUGUGAUCUUGUGUGUGUCUGUCAGCCAAAGAUGCGCAGAGAAUGAUUUCCUAGGUGAUGAAAGCAAAGACUUUGUCUUGGAAGGCAACACCAUUGGAGAUCUUUCCGCCUUACUUCAGUUUCUGGCAUACAUGGUGCAGUGCAAUGAUGGGAUGGAGCAACCUGCUAGCAGUGUCUAUCCAGAAACUCCGUGUUGCAAGGCUGUUCUGAGACAUAUCCAGGCACACAAAACAGUGACUUAUCACUGGUGCUUUGGUGGCCCUACCUUGAAACCUCUGCAGUUGUGGAGCUCCAAGGACUACAUGAAGCGCAUGCAUCGAGAGAGACCAUGGAUUCCUGGUGGAUUGGAGGCAUUGGCUACUCGAGAUGAACGUGGAGGGUUCACAGGCAACAAGGAACGACUUCGGGAAUCACAGAUGUAUACCCCAAUGUUUGGAGAGGCUGUGGUGAAGGCUUUACUGCAAGGUUGA